AUGUUGGUCCGUCAGCUCGCCGUGGCCUUGGCCAUCGCCGCCGUCUCCGAGGCCGUCCCGACCUCCGUCAAGCAUGUCCUGCACGAGAAGCGUCACCAGCCCGCGUCCGACUGGGUGAAGGGCGCUCGCGUCGAGAGUGAUGCCAUCCUGCCCAUUCGCAUUGGUCUCGCCCAGAACAACCUGGACAAGGGUGACGAGUUCUUGAUGGAAGUCUCGGACCCAACCUCCACCAAAUACGGCCAGUACUGGUCCUCCGACGAGGUGCAUGACAUGUUUGCGCCGUCCCAGGAGGCCGUCGAGGCCGUCCGCGAGUGGCUCAUCGCCUCGGGCAUCGAGUCGUCGCGCGUGGUCCACUCCGACAACAAGGGCUGGCUCGCCUUCGAUGCCUACGCGCACGAGGCCGAGCGGCUGCUGCUGGCCGAGUUCCACGAGCACGAGAAUGCGGCCAGUGCUCGCAUCCGGGUGGGCUGUGACGAGUACCACCUUCCCCAGCACAUCCAGAAGCACGUCGACUACAUCACCCCCGGCGUGAAGAUGACCCAGGUGGUGAAGAGAAGCAAGAAGGUCAAGCGGGCCUCGCAGUUGGGACACUCCAGCAAGGCCAAGACGGCUGCCCUGGACAAGCACCCCCAGCCUCUGCCCCCCCAGGCCAAGUUCCUGCCCGACGAUCUCAAAGCCUGUGGCUACAACAUCACCCCGUCGUGCAUCAAGGCCCUGUACCACAUCCCCGACGCCGACAAGGCCACCCCGGGCAACAGCCUCGGCCUGUACGAGCAGGGCGACUACUUCGCCAAGUCCGACCUGGACCUCUUCUACCAGGAGUAUGCCCCCUGGGUUCCCCAGGGCACGUACCCCAUCCCGGCUAUGAUCGAUGGUGCCGAGUACGGCGUGGCGUCGAACAGCUCUCUCAACACCGGUGAAUCGGAUAUUGACAUUGACAUGGCCUUCUCGCUGCUGUACCCUCAGUCGGUCACCCUGUACCAGGUGGACGACAACCUGUAUGAGCCCGUCGAGGUCGAAACCACCAACUUGUUCAACACCUUCCUCGAUGCUCUUGAUGGGCCACAGUCCUACUGCAGCUACACCGCGUACGGUGAGACCGGAGACGACCCAGCCAUCGACCCUGUGUACCCUGACAACCGCCCCGGUGGCUACAACGGAAAGCUUCAGUGCGGAGUCUACAAGCCCACCAACGUGAUCAGCGCCUCGUACGGCCAGGCCGAAGCCGAUCUCCCCGUCGGAUACACCAAGCGGCAGUGCAACGAGUUCAUGAAGCUCGCUCUGCAGGGCCACUCCAUCCUGUUCGCGUCCGGGGACUACGGCGUGGGAUCCUUCGCGGGUGACGGCGACGAGAACGGCUGCCUGGGCCCCGAUGGCCUGAUCUUCAACCCACAGUACCCGUCCAACUGCCCGUACGUGACCUCGGUGGGCGGCACGAUGCUGUACGGCUACCAGACGGUGAACGACAGCGAGAGUGUGAUGCACGCCAACCUGGGUGGCACAGCCUCCAACUUCAGCACGGCCGGUGGUUUCUCCAACUACUUCCCCCAGCCGUCGUACCAGAAGGCCGCGGUGGAGAAGUACUUCGAGACGGCCAACCUGACGUACCCCUACUACUCCGAGUUCGAGGUCGACGUCAACACGACCAAGGGCCGCUUCAACCGUCUGGGCCGUGGAUACCCGGACGUCGCGGCCAACGGCGCCAACUUCCGCGCCUACAUGGACAGCUAUGACUACCACUGGUACGGAUCCAGUCUGGCGUCCCCUCUGUUCGCCUCCGUCCUGACUCUGAUCAACGAGGAACGCUUCGCCAUCGGCAAGGGCCCCGUCGGCUUCGUCAACCCGACCCUGUACGCGCACCCGGAGGUUCUCAACGACAUCACCAACGGCACCAACGCCGGUUGCGGCACCUACGGCUUCAGCGCCAUCAAGGGAUGGGACCCCGCCAGUGGUCUGGGAACUCCCAACUUCCCCAAGAUGAAGGAGCUGUUCCUGUCUCUGCCUUAG